UCAACUUUCUCACAAUGGACGAGUACGAUGAGCUGUACGGUGUAGGCAGCGGUGGUAAUGAUAACGCAUACGGAAACCAAGAUAUAUACGCUGAUGAUCAAGACAGUGGACAAUCUUACGAUCCUGAAAAGGCUGGUAUGUACUCAAAUCAAGCUAACAAAGCAGAAGGUCAAUCACAACCCGGUGAUCAACAGCCUAGAAAGGGUAGCAACUCCAGCUAUGAUCAGCAAAAAUACUAUGGUGGAUCCGAUAACCCCAGUGACUCUCCUCAACAACAAGGCUAUGAUCGCGCACCUGCACAAGGUCAGGCGAUUCAGUCAUACUCCAGCCAGGAAGAAUCCGAAACCCACCCGUCAGUAGCAAGCGCAGCCAAUCAAGACGAAGGUGUAUUAGGCAUUAGCUUGUAUGAUAGCCAUAGUCGUACAUUAGUCUAGUACAAGCACUCAGCAGAAGAUAUACAACUCCAAUAGCUACUCAAGGAUACAACAUGGUAUCAUGAUCCAAACUGACAAAAAAAAAACAUAUUAUGAACUCACCACACCUUUCUCUUUUUCUCUGCCGUACAAUUUUUGUCGUCCCAAUAUUUUUAUUAGAAAAAUGUUCAUUGGAGGACUUAAUUGGGAAACUACAGAUGGUAAGCGUUUGCAUUAGAAUUAUUUUCGUGUUUAUGUUCCCGUAGUCGUCUACGCGU